AAAUCGCAAUUCGCUCGAGUUCCGUUUCAAUCCCAAUAUCUCGUAACGUCUUCCGUGGAAAUCUCUGGUGUAAUCGAAGAAUGGAGACUGAUCUGGAGAAGAAGACCGUUGAAUUCGCGGAAGAGAUGCAGUCGCAAGUUCAGGUACGAUCAUCGGUUGCGAAUCUCGAUCUGUUUAAGCAUAGGGAAGAAGACGAUGAAGAAGAUAGGUUUAUCGCGGAGGAGAAAAUAUCUCGCGGAACUGUUUCUGUAAGAUUUAAACUGAAUAACCCAAAUAAAAUCUUUAGAAAGAGAAAAAGGGAAUCGGAAAAAGAAGAAGAAGGUGAUGAUGACAAGGUUUUGGGAAACUAUGAGAUAGCGAGGUUGAGGGAACUCUCGAGACGAGAGUAUCUGAAGAAUAGGGAGGAGAAGAAGCUGGAGGAGUUGAGGGAUGAGAUAGAAUUUGAGCAAUCACAUUUUGAUGGUGUGAAGCUCACUGAGAAAGAAGAAAUUGAGUUUAGAUACAAGAAAGAAAUGUAUGAGCUGCUGAAGAAAACAGUAGGGGAUGAUGGUUGUUAUUAUAAAAUUCCAGAUGCUUAUGAUCAAGAAGGGGUUAUUGAUCAGAGGAAGAGAUUUGCUGUGGCGACGCAGCGUUAUAGCGAGGGAACGAGCAGGAGACGCAUGACUGAGCAAGAAGCUUGGGAAGAUCAUCAGGCUCAGAAAGCGACAGUGAAGUUUGGCGCAAAGAACAAGAGUCAAGCUUCUGAUGGGUAUGAGUAUGUGUUUGACGAGUUAACAGGUUUUGUUGAGACAUCUGAUGAGGUGGAAACUGAGAAACACCGAGUUUGUGACACGAGAACAGUUGCGGAAAAGGCUAAGGAAGAGAGGAAACUGCUUCCGAUUCAUGCAUACCGAGACGAAUUGCUGAAACUCAUUGAAGAGAAUCAGGUUCUCGUGAUUGUUGGGGAAACAGGGUCGGGGAAGACAACGCAGAUACCGCAGUAUCUUCAAGAAGCCGGUUACACAAAGCGUGGGAAGAUCGGUUGCACUCAGCCUCGGAGAGUUGCUGCGAUGAGCGUUGCUUCCCGAGUGGCUCAAGAGCUGGGUGUGAAACUCGGACACGAGGUUGGAUAUUCCAUUAGGUUCGAAGACUGUACCUCAGAGAAAACAGUAAUGAAGUACAUGACUGACGGGAUGCUGUUGCGAGAGCUUCUCAUAGAACCGAAGCUCGAUAGCUACAGCGUCAUCAUGGUUGAUGAGGCGCACGAAAGAACGCUGUCCACUGAUAUCCUGUUUGGGUUAGUGAAGGAUUUAGCAAAAGUUAGGCCUGAUCUGAGGCUAAUAAUCUCCAGUGCAACGCUUGAAGCUGAAAAGUUCUCUGAAUAUUUUGAUUCAGCUCGGAUUUACAAGAUUCCGGGAAGAAGAUACCGGGUUGAAAAGCUCUUCCAAAAAUGGCCCGAACCUGACCGGUUGGAGACAGCGAUACGCACUGUGUUUCAGAUCCAUCAGACUGAGCCACCUGGAGACGUUUUGGUUUUCCUCACUGGCCAAGAAGAGAUUGAAACAGCAGAAACGAAGUUGAAGCUACGGAUGAUGGAUUUGGGUACAAAGAGCUCUGAGAUCAUUAUCUGCCCAAUCUACUCAAAUCUCCCGACCGAACUACAGGCAAAAGUGUUUGAACCGGCUCCUAAAGGAUCGCGGAAAGUUGUCCUGGCAACGAAUAUUGCGGAAACAUCUUUAACCAUUGAUGGAAUUAGGUACGUAGUUGAUCCAGGGUACUGCAAGCUCAACUCAUACAACCCAAGAACUGGAAUGGAGUCUCUGCUUGAAACUCCUAUCUCCAAGGCUUCCGCAGAGCAACGAGCUGGUCGGUCUGGAAGAACGGGUCCGGGUAAAUGUUUCAGGUUGUACAACGUCAAGGACUUGGAGGCCACCACAAUACCAGAAGUCCAAAGGGCAAACCUUGCGAGUGUUGUACUUACUUUGAAAAGCCUUGGGAUUCAAGAUGUGUUCACUUUUGAUUUCAUGGAUCCUCCACCUGAAAACGCUCUGUUAAAAGCUCUGGAGUUGCUCUAUGCUCUGGGUGCUUUGGAUGUAAACGGUGAGAUUACUAAGCUUGGGGAAAGAAUGGUGGAGUUUCCGGUUGACCCGAUGCUAUCAAAGAUGAUUUGGUGCUACGAGAACUACAUUCAGAGCAAGAGUAUGAGAAGAGCUAGAGAUAUACGUGAACAGCUAGCUGGACUUCUUAAGAAGAUUGGAGUAGAACUUGAGUCAAGCCCGGAUGACUUAGACGCGGUUAAGAAGGCGAUCCUGGCGGGAUUCUUCCCGCAUUCUGCAAAGUUACAGAAGGAUGGAUCGUACAGAAGAGUGAAAGAACCUCAGACUGUUUACGUACAUCCUAACUCUGGCUUGUUUGGUGGGGCGUCGCCUAGUAAGUGGCUGGUGUAUCAUGAGCUAGUGUUUACUACCAAGGAAUAUAUGAGGCAUAUAACCGAGAUGAAACCCGAGUGGCUAGUUGAAAUAGCUCCUCAUUACUACAAGCUUAAAGACAUCGAAGACACUCGGCCAAAGAAAACACAGAGCAGCAGCAGUAGCAGAAGAUCCACGAGUUCGAAGGUCGAUACUACUAAGAAGAAAACGACUGAUAAGAAAGAAAGAAGAAAAAUCAAGAAUUCAACAGUGACAAUGAAACUUACCGGGGUUUUCAUUGGGGAAGAAGCCAUGGAGAAACACCUGGACAUUCCUCCGUUACUCGAUGGAGAAGAUUCCGGAUGCUAUCGACCCAUGUCCGAGACUGUCUCGCAUACAUCGUUUACAAUACCUGUAGAGAUUCCACCAUUGGAUUAUAUAACUCACGUGAAGCACCGAACAAAAAGUCCCAAGAUUUUACCUUGGCGUAUACAGAGUAAACACCUACCUUUGCUUUUCAUGGAGAACGCUCCUCCAACAUGUUUGCUUUUGAUUUCUACUACGACCUGCAACGAGCAGAACGAGCAAAAAAAGCUUCCUUUGGUAGUCUCGACCUUAAAGCUGCUUCUCCUCUCAAUGCUACAUUUCACCGGAAAACAUAAGUUGAUGAACCAACUCAAUCUGCAUUGGUAUCAGAAAAACCAGCGACUGCUGCAGCCGUUAGAGUCAACAAAUCGCCCGGGCUACGAACAUCGACGGCUGAUCGGACAGCAGAGACCAAGCGAUCGUGACCGGCGCCGGAGAGCUCCGCCAGUUCGACGCAGUGAGAAGCUAGCAGCUCCGAUGCCGAAGCCAGAGCUGAGCUCAUCAUCUUUGAUUCCGUUAAGCGGUCACGGCGGCGAUGGCAGCCGCAAGAGACGCAAUCGAGACGGCGGUAUGAAGAUGCGCGUUCUCCACGCGAGCUUUAUCUCUCUUCCUUACGCCGGAGACCCUUCCGCCGGCAAAUUCUCGGUGGUGGAACCAUUUCCCGAUCGUUCCCGUUCUCCGCGCCGAAUACUUUACUUAUCCAAGCAGACGAGAGUAUCAAAAAUAUCAUGUAAAUCGUACACAAACGAAAGAGAAGUUGAACGGCUUACGAGUAGCGGCGGUGGUGGUGGUGGUGGUGCCGGAGCCGGUGAACUGACGGCGAUUUCUGAGAGGAUAAAGCUA